AUGACCGAAGUUCGAGAUGUCAAGGACACUCAAAGUGCGCUGACUCGUGAUUUGGAGAGCAUGUACCAGGCACCCAUUUCUACUGAGAUGGGCCGAUGGGCCAAGUUUAAAGAGUCGUUUCGAAGACAAGAACAAGAUAUCGAUGACAUGGCUGGGUUGGAUGAUAUUGAGCGUGCUAAUCGAGGAGUGGCUAACGGGUCUCCGUUGGUGAGAGAUUUGAAAAAUCGUCAUUUGCAAAUGAUCAGUAUCGGUGGUUCGGUUGGAACUGGUUUGCUCAUCGGAAGUGGUUCUUCUUUAAGAACUGGUGGUCCAGCUGCGUUGAUUAUAGCUUGGGGUCUCGUUGGUACCAUGGUUUUCUCCACGAUUCACGCAUUGGGAGAAUUGUGUGUGGAGUUUCCUGUGAGUGGAGCCUUCUCCAGUUAUGCUACUCGGUUUGUAGAUUCACUGUGGGGAUUUGCCGUGGGCUGGAACUAUGCCAUAAUGUGGCUUAUAGUUCUUCCUCUAGAGUUGGUGGCCGCGGCGAUGUCGAUACAGUACUGGAACACCGCUAUUAAUCCUGUGGCAUGGGUUGCAAUAUUCUACGUUUUCAUUUUUAUUGUCAACCUUUUCGGCGUGAAAGGGUAUGGAGAAGCCGAGUUUUACCUUGCAAUAGUCAAGGUGAUUGCCAUAGUUGGGUUUAUUAUUCUUGGAGUAGUCUUGGUUUGUGGAGGUGGUCCCAACCAUGAGUUUAUUGGAAACAGAUACUGGAACAACCCGGGACCUUUUGCUCAUGGAUUCAAAGGUGUUUGCACCGUUUUCGUCACAGCAUCGUAUAGUUUGGCAGGGUCGGAAAUGGUGGGGUUGGCUGCCGCAGAAGCUCAUAAUCCAAAGAAAGUGUUACCAAAAGCCAUCAAGCAGGUCUUUUGGAGAAUCUUUCUUUUCUUCUUCUUGUCGCUCACUUUUGUCGGUUUACUUGUUCCUUACGAUUCGCCAGCAUUACUUGGUUCAGGCUCACAAACAUCGACUUCUCCAUUUGUGGUGGCUAUUGUGAGCAGUGGUAUUAAGGUCUUACCCUCGAUCUUCAAUGCGGUUAUCUUGAUUUCCGUGGUUUCUGUUGGAAACUCAGCUGUCUAUGGAUGUUCCAGAACCAUUCAAAGUCUUGGCGUACAAGGUCUAGGUCCGCAAAUCUUGGGUUACGUUGAUCAGAAAGGAAGACCAAUUGCUGGUUUAGCAUGUUCGGCAGUCUUUGGCUUGCUCUGUUUCUUGAGUGCCUAUAAAAAUGAAGGUGAAGUGUUUGCAUGGUUAUUGAGUAUCAGUGGACUUUCCACCAUCUUUUCCUGGUUCAGUAUUUCUCUCUGCCAUGUUCGGUUCAGAUUGGCAUUGCAUCACAAUAAUAGACCCACUAGCGAUCUUGCAUUUACAUCCGUGGUGGGUAUUUGGGGUUCUGUCUAUUCCAUGGCGUUUUUGGUGUUGGUUUUGGGUGUCCAAUUCUGGGUAGCUUUGUUCCCAGUUGGAAGUCUGGCUCCCAAUGCCAAAAACUUUUUCCAGAAUUAUUUGGGAGCAUUUGUCAUUAUUCUUUUCUACAUUGGUCACAAGUUGUAUACCCGUAACCGACGGUUAUAUUUGGCGUUGGGUGAAAUCGACCUUGACACGGGUCGUCGUGUAAGAGAUAAGGAUGAGUUGGACUGGGAAUUACAACAGGAUGAGAUGGAAAAGCGGCCAUGGUAUGUUAGAGUCAUGAAGAGUAUAUUUUGA